AUGGCGCUCCCCCCGAAGUGGUACCAAUUCCUCGUGGGCGUGUUUGCAUCGCUCGGCUCGCUGCUGUUCGGGUACGAUCUUGGUGUCAUUGCCCAGGUCAUCGCCGCCCAGUCCUUCAAGACCAAGUUCAAUCCCACCGAGAAUGAGACAGGAGCCGUUGUGUCAGUCUUUACCGGAGGGGCCUUCUUCGGCGCUGCCUUCGCCGGUCCCAUGGGUGACAAGCUCGGCCGUCGAUGGACCAUCCUGCUCGGCUCGAUCGUCUUCUGCCUCGGCGGUGCGCUGCAGACGGGAGCUCAGGCGCUGUCAUACCUCUACUCGGGCCGUUUGUUCGCGGGCGUCGGUGUUGGCAUUCUCUGCAUGAUCAUCCCUCUGUACCAGGCCGAGCUGGCCCAUCCGAGCAUCCGCGGCCGUGUCACGGCUCUGCAGCAGUUCAUGUUGGGCAUCGGUGCCCUGGCGGCCGCCUGGAUUUCCUACGGCUGCUACGUCGGCUUCGCCCCCACCGACGACGGACAAUGGCGGACCUCGCUCGGCAUCCAGUGCAUCCCCGCCGUCUUCCUUGGCGCCCUCAUCCUCCUCUUCCCCGAGUCUCCGCGCUGGCUCAUCGACCACGGCAAGCCCGAAGAAGGUCUCAAAAUGCUCGCCAAGCUGCACGCGCACGGCGACACCAACGACGCGUGGGUGCAGGCCGAGUACGCGGCGAUCCAGGACGCCAUCGCCUUCGAGCACGAGCACGAGGCCAAGUCGUACGUCGAGCUCUUCAAGGACAAGUCGUGCUUCCGGCGCCUCUUCAUCGCCUGCUCGCUGCAGGCCUCGGUGCAGAUGACGGGCGUCUCGGCGAUCCAGUACUACUCGGUUACCAUCUACGGCCUGAUGGGCAUCCGGGGCGACGACACGCUCAAGUACCAGGCCAUCUCGUCCAUCAUCGCGCUCGUCGCGCAGGCGCUCUGCAUCCUCCUCAUCGACCGCUUCGGCCGCCGCUGGCCGCUCAUCCUGGGCAACCUGGGCAACUGCGUCACCUUCAUCAUCGCCACCAUCAUGCUGGCCGUGUACCCGCCCGGCGCCAGCAACAAUCAGGCGGCCGCCUGGGGCUUCAUCGUCGUGACGUGGGUCUACAACUUCAGCUUCAGCGCCACCUGCGGCCCGCUCUCGUGGAUUAUUCCGGCCGAAAUCUUCGACACCAAGACGCGCUCCAAGGGCGUCUCCAUCGCCACCAUGGUCUCGUUCGCCUUCAACACCAUGAUCGGCCAGGUCACCGGCCCGGCCAUGUCGGCGGUCGGGUACAAGUUUUAUCUGCUCUUUGUCAUUUGCAAUUUCACGAAUGCCAUCUUCUUCUGGGCCAUCCUGCCCGAGACAGCCCGCCGCCCGCUCGAGGAGAUGAACCGCCUGUUCCGCGAGGCGCCGCUGUUUGUGCCGACCAUGAAGAAGAGCGAGUGGGCGUCCAACGACCUGGAGCGCCGCGUCGAGGAGGUCAAGGCCAAGCAGGAGGGGUUCGCGCAUACCGAGGUUGGUGCGGGGGCGGUGGGCGGGCAUUAA